AUCCGGCAGGCUUCUCCCCGUCCCGCCCACCGCCGGAUCCAGCCAAUCAGAAGGUGAGAAGAGCCUUGCUGCAGCUUCUGAGUGGACAGCUUCUCCGUCCCAUUGGAAUCCCAUAUAAAUUCAGGACCGGGUGCGUCUUCCCAGCAUGGCCACCACCGCCUCCUCUCUGCCACUCACCAGGGAGGGUGCUGGUCCUGAGAACAGCAGCUCCUUCUACGACUACGACUACCUGGACGACAUGAACUUCAUGCUCUGCAGGAAGGAUGCCGUGCGGUCCUUUGCCAAGGUCUUCCUGCCCAUCUUCUACAGCCUGCUCUUCGUGCUGGGGCUGGGCGGGAACCUGCUGCUUCUCCUGGUCUUGCUGCGUCACGUGCCUCGCAGGCGCAUGACCGAGAUCUAUCUGCUGAACCUGGCCAUCUCGAACCUCCUUUUUGUGGUGACACUGCCCUUCUGGGCCAUCACUGUGGCCUGGCAUUGGGUCUUUGGGAGUUUCUUGUGCAAAAUGAUCAGCACUCUCUAUACCAUCAACUUUUACAGUGGCAUCUUUUUCAUCAGCAGCAUGAGCCUGGACAAGUACCUGGAGAUCGUCCAUGCUCAGCCCCACCACAGGCUGCGGACCCGGACCACAAGCCUGCUCCUCGCUGCCCUGGUGUGGACUGUGGCCGUGGCCGUCUCCAUCCCUGACAUGGUCUUUGUACAGGUUACUGAAAACCCCAAGGGCGUGUGGAACUGCCACGCAGAGUUCGGCGGCCACGGGGCCACUUGGAAGCUCUUCCUCCGCUUCCAGCAGAACCUCGUGGGGUUCCUGCUCCCACUGAUUGCCAUGAUCUUCUUCUAUUCCCGCAUCGGCUGUGUGCUGGUCAGGCUGAGGCCCCCAGGCCGGGGCCGGGCACUGAGGAUAGCUGCAGCGCUGGUGGUGGCCUUCUUCGUGUUCUGGUUCCCAUACAACCUCACCUUGUUUCUGCACUCGCUGAUGGACCUGCAAGUCUUUGGGAACUGCCAGGUCAGCCAGCACCUGGACUACGCACUGCAGGUGACAGAGAGCAUCGCUUUCCUCCACUGCUGCUUUACCCCUGUCCUCUAUGCCUUCUCCAGUCGCCACUUCCGCCAAUACCUGAAGACCUUCCUGGCUACUGUGCUGGGACGGCACCUGGCACCGGGCACUGCCCAGGCUUCGUUCUCCAACUGUUCUGAGAGCAGCAGGGUUACCACCCAUGAAGAAAUGACUGGCAUGAGUGACCUUGGGAAGAGGCAGGCUGAGGGCUCCCCCUAACAAGGAGUGUCGUGGGGAGUAAUUAAGGCUGAGUGGCUAUGCCGCAGGUGGUACCCAGCGACCAUAUCGUCAACCCAGGGCUUGGCUGUCAGUUCUCAGCCAUCAGCAACAUUGCUCCCUGCUGCCUUUAUCCUCUCCUUCCCCAGUCUCCGUGCUCCCUUCCCUGAACUGCUGUAAUACUUUCCCGGCUGACCUGGGUGCUCCCUUUUGUUUGCUCUCCUGCUGCACUGAGCAGCCAGAGUGGCCACGGCACCCUGGGCAUUCAGCCCCACCUCCUGCACGGUGGCCACCCAAGGCCCUGCCAUGACCCUUCCAGGCUGAUGUAAUCUGCUCCCCACCUGGACAAGCUGGCUGGCCUCCCUUGCUGUCUCCCAAACAUUCCAGACACACCCCUGGGGGGAUUCCAGCUGUGCCCUCUUCCUGUACCAAUCCUCCCCGAGGUGUCCACGUGGCUCACUCCCUCUCCGCCUCAGGUCUUGGAUCAAAAGUCACCUUCUCAAUCAGCUGUCCCCUGGCCACCCUACUCAACAACACCUGUCCACCUAUGAUGCUCCUGAUCUCCCUUCCUCUGCUUCACUUUAAAUUUUUCAACAGCGCUGAUGGCUUCCUAAACUGCCAUGUGUUCCGCCUGUUUGUUGUGCUUAGUAUUACCAACUCAAGCCCCACUGUUGAAAGAGAACUCCCCAGGGCGAGGAUCUUGCUGUGUGGCUGGCUCACUGCGGUAUCCAGGCCCCUGACAUAGGACCUGUGUGGUAUGGAGAAGGCUUUUAUUUUUCUUCUUCUUCUUCUUUUUUUUUUUUAAACAGGCAGAGUGGACAGUGAGAGAGAGAGACAGAGAGAAAGGUCUUCCUUUGCUGUUGGUUCAGCCCCCAAUGGCCGCUGCGGCCGUUGUGCUGUGGCCGGCGCACUGCGCUGAUCCAAAGCCAGGAACCAGGUGCUUCUCCUGGUCUCCCAUGUGGGUGCAGGGCCCAAGCAUUUGGGCCAUCCUCCACUGCCUUCCUGGGCCAAAGCAGAGAGCUGGCCUGGAAGAGGAGCAACCGGGACAGAAUCCGGCGCCCUGACUGGGACUAGAACCUGGAGUGCCAGCGCCACAGGCGGAGGAUUAGCCUAUUGAGGCGCGACACCGGCCAGAAGGCUUUCAGAAUGUGCUUAUGGAGUGUGUGAGUGGAAGAGGGAACAUGCUUGUGUUAGUUUCUCAUUGUUACAAUGAAACACCUGAGAAAACUAAGUCUAUAAAGAGAAAAAAGUUUGUUUAGCUCACAGUUUGGAAGUUCAAGCUCAAGAUCGGGCUUUGGCCUCUGAUGCAGGCAGUGAUGAUGGGACGUGGAGGGCUAGCAGAGGAAAGACCACAUGGUGAAACAGGAAACAGAUGAGAGGCUGGGCCCCACUCAGGUCUUAAAACCAACUUUCUUGCAAGAAAUGCCUUCCAGAGGCAUAUCCCCAGUGACCUAAGGACAUCCUACUAAGCCCACUUUCUAGACACCAUCAAUGGAUUAAGUUUCUGCCUUUGUACCAUCAGCUUAACACUCUGGAGUUUAAAUGUCUGCGUGAAUUGGGAGUCAAGUCACAAUCAAAUCAUAGCAACUUUCCUUGAGCUACUGCUGCGGAAGAGGAGCCCAAGGCUUUCCACCCACCAGGCUGCCCCCCUUCCUGCAACUCAGCUACAGUAAUGGCCAAAGGACCUUCUACACAGCCUUGAUAGUGGCUGCAGAGUCUGACCGUCAGCAGGGAACAGUCCAGGAAUGCAUACAAUCUGCAGGAGGAAGGUGAACACCUUGACCAGGGUCUGUUCCAGGAGCCUUUAGGUGUCCCUGAGGCCAGCACAGUCAAGUCCAAAAUCUUUGUCUGACAUCAAGGCUGGGGCUUUGCAAAUAGGAUCCUAGACCUCUUCCUAGCCUUAUACUCCUCUGCUCCCUUUUCGUCUCCUGGACACCAGGCACCCCUUGCUGUUUUUGCUUGUUCCUACUUCUAUACUUUUGUUCUUUCCAGUUCCCUCAUGUAAUUACCAUCAUUUAUAGCCAGGAAUCCCCUCACCUUUCUCCUGUAACCAAAUCCCACCUGCUUGGGAAAGUCACUCCUGGGUCCUACUGCCCUGUGCUUUGGGUGCAAGUCUGGUCGAACACGGAGUUCAGGCCAGUCACAGCCUUAAUAUUUCCCUGGCCACAGUGAUUCAUCUGGGGAUGGCAUGUGAGCUAGUGCACUGCCAUGUGACUAGAGCACGCUAGAGAAGAGGCAUGCAAGUGAGGCUGGGAGAGCUGGGGCCGGGAGCCUCUCUCUCAUAAGCUGAACUUCAGAAGCUCAAGGGUGCAGCCCAAAUCACUGGGUCCAGGGCUGGAGCCUCAGAAUCAAAGCCUGGCUGAAGCACCACCCGAUCCUGGACUUGUCAUGUGAACCAAUAAACUCUCAGUGUGUGGUCAUGUUGUUUUGUUAUUUGCAACCUAAAGCCUCCUGAAUGUUAUACUCACUCUGCGUGUUUUUCUCUUCAUGUCUCCAAUGGUUGGCAUCCUCCUUGCCCACUCCUCCACUUUU